GGGUGGACAGAACGCUGACCCCUCCACCCACGCCUCCAUUGGGCGGCGCCGCCAUCCCUCUCAGCUCAGCAACCCCGCCUUCACCUCCUCCGCCCAGCCCGGAUCUCCCUCCCACCGCCCCGCCCCGCCCCGUUAUGGCAUCUCUCAUUGGAUAGGGGUGCUGUCGAUCGGCCUCGAGUCCGGGAACCUAUUGGUCACGAGGCCUUCGGGCCGCCCCCAGCCUUCUUGGAUUGGUUUGCUGCGCGUUGGCGCAACGGAAGAGGCGGCCUGCCGAGGGUGCUUGUCUGCUCUGGCUGGGUUGCCGCGGAGGAGGCGACGAGGAGUUUGGCACUGGGGGGCUGGCUCGGGCGGCAGCGGUGGCUGCUGCGAAUGGGAGCGGGCAGACUCGGCGCGCCCAUGGAGCGCCACGGCAGGGCCGCCGCCUCCUCUGCCUCGUCGGCCGGGAAGUCGGCGCCUGGGGGAGCCGAUGGGGGGCGGCGGGAGCCGCUGCGGCGCCGGGCAAGCAGCGCGUCGGAGUCUGCCGUCGGGGCCUCGGCCUUGUCUUCGGCGGAGGGUGUAAGGCGGGACCGGCCCGGCUCUUACAGCGGCACUACCUCCAUCUCCCGUCAGCGCGUCGAAAGCCUCAGGAAGAAGCGGCCGCUUUUUCCUUGGUUUGGCUUGGAUAUUGGUGGAACCCUGGUCAAGCUGGUUUAUUUUGAACCCAAAGACAUCACUGCUGAAGAAGAAGAGGAAGAAGUGGAAAGUCUUAAAAGCAUUCGCAAGUACCUGACCUCCAACGUGGCUUACGGGUCAACGGGUAUUCGGGAUGUGCACCUGGAGCUGAAGGACCUGACUCUGUGUGGACGCAAAGGCAAUCUGCACUUUAUACGCUUUCCCACUCAUGACAUGCCUGCUUUUAUUCAAAUGGGCAGAGAUAAAAACUUCUCGAGUCUCCACACUGUCUUUUGUGCCACUGGAGGUGGAGCGUACAAAUUUGAGCAGGAUUUUCUCACAAUAGGUGAUCUUCAGCUUUGCAAACUCGAUGAACUAGAUUGCUUAGUAAAAGGAAUUUUAUACAUCGACUCAGUUGGAUUCAAUGGACGGUCACAGUGCUAUUACUUUGAAAACCCUGCUGAUUCUGAAAAAUGUCAGAAGUUACCAUUUGAUUUGAAAAAUCCAUACCCUCUGCUACUGGUGAACAUUGGCUCUGGGGUUAGCAUCUUAGCAGUAUAUUCCAAAGAUAAUUAUAAGCGGGUCACGGGUACCAGUCUUGGAGGAGGAACUUUUUUUGGUCUCUGCUGUCUUCUUACUGGCUGUACCACAUUUGAAGAAGCUCUUGAAAUGGCAUCACGUGGAGAUAGCACCAAAGUGGAUAAACUUGUGCGAGACAUUUACGGAGGGGACUAUGAGAGGUUUGGACUGCCAGGCUGGGCUGUGGCUUCGAGCUUUGGAAACAUGAUGAGCAAGGAGAAGCGAGAGGCAGUCAGUAAAGAGGACCUCGCCAGAGCGACUUUGAUCACCAUCACCAACAACAUUGGCUCAAUAGCAAGAAUGUGUGCCCUGAAUGAAAAUAUCAAUCAGGUGGUAUUUGUUGGAAAUUUCUUGAGAAUUAAUACGAUCGCCAUGCGGCUUUUGGCAUAUGCUUUGGAUUAUUGGUCCAAGGGACAGUUGAAAGCACUUUUUUCAGAACACGAGGGUUAUUUUGGAGCUGUUGGAGCCCUUCUUGAGCUGUUGAAGAUACCCUGAUCAUUACCUGGGGAGAGGUUCCUAGAACUUUCCACAAUGGGAUCUGUGGACUUGUUUUUUUAAGAGACUCAUUCAGUUUUAUGAUUGUGUGCUACCUGAAUCAGAGCGAGAAAGGACGAGUGUAUUUUUCUAAGUCAUCAAGAUAAAUCCUUAAAAAUUCAGUCUAAACUAAUAACCAGUAAGGAAAGAUAUAUAUUAAAAAAAAAAAGCGGACCAUGUCCAUGUUGGCGAGGAUUCAUUGUAUUUAAUUGCUCUUCACUGUAGCUUUGUUCAGCGUGCUGUGUUAGUUUAAAAUUCAGCAUCACUCAGUGGAGCUGCUUCAGAGGAGAGCUGUUUUGUGUUCCACCUCCUGUGACUUUGUGUCCCAUUGAAGUCGCUAAAUGUAAGGAAGCUACUUUGUAUUACAAUCUAAUCACAAAUUUGUUAAUAUGGCUUUGGAGAUCAUCUUCUGUGCGGUAACUGUCAUGUGCGUUUAGCCUUUUGUGAACAUGUUGAGAAACGUGUUUCAAGGUUCUGCAGACUUACUGAGCAGGUUAAUUCUGUGCCUGUAAUGUUAACAGUUAAGCAUCUUUGGGGAGUGCAGUUCCAGGUUGUUUACGCCAUAGAUCCCGGGAAGGUCUGUUAGGGAGGACAGGACUUCUCUCCGGGCAGAAUGUCCUUGGAUAGCGGGAGGGGGUUGAAUUGACAUGGUGAAAGUUUAGCUGGCAGAAAACACGCAUCUGGAAGACUAAAAGCAGACAGAGCUGCUGGUAUCAACGUCUUUUCAAGGAACGGGGUGCGAUUACUUCAGGUCAGUAGAAAGGGAGGAAUUGAGGUGUUCCUGUGGGGAGCAGGGUGCGGCUCUCCUGCCUUCCUCUCCCACCCCCUGCCUUGUGCUUGUCGGAAACUGCCUGGCAGGCUGGCUCAGUUGCCUGGUGGGGAUGCUGCCUGUGAGAGGCUCAAAAGGCUGUGUGAGGAGAGACAGGAUUCUAGACGGAGUCUUAGAGGUUGACUGAACCUUUUCCUUCUGCUGUGCAGAAUAAUUUUAAAAACCAUCUCCUUGCAGAGGGGGCAACAUUUUUAUCUUAUUUUUUGUAAUUGGUGCCUGUAUCCCUGUUGAAGGCUGUGAAGAUUCUGUAUAAAUCAGCCUUUGGACUAGAAGGAAACACCAAGGCUCUGUGGCCUCUUUGCGCCCCUUGGUUUCAGGGGAGGAGAAUGGCCCGGGAGGGACCUGACAUGGGAGGCAAGGUCCUAGGGGACAGAGAGGUGCAGGAGGGUGGGGCUGGGUGGCUGAAGGGGGAGAGGCUCUGACCCCACGUGCCCCUCCUGGUCAGCAGUGUGGGGGCAGCAGAGGCUUGUCUGUUGUCACAGCCAUGGUCCCCUCACCUGCAGGAAGGGCACAGCAGGGGGACGGUGUGUGUGUGGGGGUGGUGGUGGUGUCAGCCUAAUGCCAUUUGGAUCCUGGAUGGCCACUUUUGCACACUUUGCUAGGCACGUGGGAGUUGUAGGUGCUGCUGGCUGGUGCAGGCCGUGGAGCUGGAGGGAUGCUGCGGGGAUGGGAAUUGCAGGCCCUGGUGUGAUUAACCUCUGCUGCUGCCCCUCCUGGGCCUCAGUCUAAGCCACCUCCAGUUCUGAACCUCUGUCCUCGCUGGCUGCUUCCAGCCAUGUGCCUGGAGGCCCCACAUUACCCCCACAGCCCCCAGAGUCAGCGCCACCACCCACCUCCUGCCCUACGCCCUCCUCCCCACUUCGUCUGGGCAGAGCACUGACCUUUGGAGAAAGGAAGGACCCCGAGGAGCCCACUGCCAGGGGAGACUCAGGCCGGCCUCCAAGGCCUCGUAAGGUCCCGCCUGCUCUUCCCCGCCACCUGCACUUAACUGUGCUCGUGAGGCUGUGCCUGUGCUUUUCGUGGGUCAUCUCAUGAAAUCUUUGUCAUCCCCACAACUUAGCAGAGGACACCUGCCUAAAGUCACAUAGCUGGAAGCUUUCCUCUUGUGCCUCUCACCUCCAGGGAUCUACCACUUGCUGCUCUGUGACUUCACUUUGUGCCUUGUGCUCAGCCCAUCUAUCAGUGCAGUAGUAAAUCCUGUUGCUGGAUCUAAUGAACAUGUCAUCUUCCUCUUGCUUUUCCUUCUGCCUCCUAGGCCACUUCUGUCUCUACCACUUCAUUCUCCUCUGAAGACGGUUAUUGCCAGCUUUCAGGCUCAAUCCUGGAUCUCUGCUGGCCAAGGGAGAGUGCCCGGCCCAGCCAUUGCCUCUGAGCUCCGGUCCCAAGUCAGCAACUACCUUUUCUUCUGUAUCCCCUGCAAGGCCAUUCCCACACAGAAAUCUCUCCAUCCUCUCCCAGUUUACUGCCACUUUACUACCUCCAGUUUGUGAGAUGCCUGUAAACUUCAUCUCUGUUCACUACAGCCACCACCCUGGUCUGAAUUACUGACUGGUCUCAUCUCAGCAGGUGUCCCUUUGUCUGCCCUCCAAAAGGCAGCCUGAGGAUCCCACCCCACACUCCCCCAUUAGAGGCAGUAGGGUGGUAGAGGCUGUGGUCAUGGUCCAGGUGGGGGAGGAAGGACGCCAGAUGCGGAUGGGAGCAGAGAGCAGGUCAGGUGGAGAUGCUCUAGAGGGUUGAGUUUGGGGCUGUGGAGAUUGGAGAUGGGGGGUGUUCUGUGAAGGCACCUAGGCUUGCUGGGGAGAUGUCAUUUUGGCCUGCCUGACUUGAUGCCAAAUAGGCAACUGGAUAUUUAGGGUGGAGAUAACAGACCUGAGAAGGAUGUGCAUGUAGAUGGGUAAACUGUAGGUGGGAAUUUAGUGAACCCCAAGGUAGAGGGAGAAUAACAAGAGCUGGGCAAGGAGAAGGCUGUGACGAUCUCUGAAGAGUGGCCAGGGUGAUGGCACGAGAGGCCUGUUGCUCAGGAGACUGGAGAGGAGAGGAGCUCUCCAGGCACCUGCAUUAAGUGGUUGUUUCAGAGCUGUUUCCCAUUUGGCUGCAGGCUCACGGAUGGCCUCGAGGGGAGUUUUCCUGGAGCUGUGGCGCAAAAGCAGAGCCGCAGAGGUCCUAGUGAGGGUUGCUGAGUAGAAACAAUGGCCGCCACAGGACGGCUUUGGACCAAGAGCUGUUUGUUCUCCUCAUAACAGAAUAGUUGCUAUUUCCGGGCCUGGGAUGGAGCCAGAGGGGUGCCACCGCAGCCCCCCUGCCCCCCACAAGCAAUAGCGCUGGAGUUUGGGAGACUGCUUGUCUGUGUCCAGCCACACCUGUGGUGCCAAGGCCAGGCUGGCAGGGGGGCCUUGGCUUCUCUGUUAUGGCCUGGUGCUCUACUUAUCACUGCUGACCUGUGCCCCACACGGUGGGAGGAGAUGAACCAGGCUUCUGCAUCACAAUCACCUGUUACUGGUGACCAGUUCUGUUUGUUCGGAACCACUCACCUUGACUUUUCCAGCUCUUGCUACAUGGGCUUAAGUGGAGUGUGGGUGACCAGUGGUGGGUACAUGCUCAGCACAGAGUAUUUUCAAAAUCUUUUUAUUUACAUUUAAGUCAAUUACAUGCACGUUUUAUAUUUUAAACAAGAGUAAUUAGCAAAAUGCAUUAAAAUUUUAAAAUAGCAAUUAAAUAUACAAAAAUAUAGCUUACAAAAAAAAUUGCGAAUGUUUAAAAAUAUUCUGCUGCAGAACUCCUAGUGUACAAACAUGUCUAUGAAACCUGAGGCUCAGCAUUUCAUAAACUUUUUUUUGAGGGAGUUAUUAUAUCUAGUGAAUAAACCCCAGUGGGCUUAAACUACAAGACUCAUAUCCCCUCUUUCUGGCAAUGAUCUGUCAAGAGACCAGAGAUGACAGUUCAGAAACAUUCUUGGAAGACUGAACUGUUACCAGGAAGGACUUCCUAAUACUGGCCCCACCUGCCUCCUGCUCUAACGGGGCCUGGGAGGGAAGGGGGCGGAAUUCAGGGACCUCGUGCACCUGUCCUGAGGCUCGUACUGGCCCAGGGAGCUGAGAGGGGCUUCAUCGAAGUAUAGACAAGUCCCUUGACACUGAUGGGGCCCGCAUUCUAGGAACAUAUCCCUGGAGCAGGGAGUCCCUGACACUGUAGCCACAGACGUGAGUACUGGAUUGGAAAGCCAGGUGUGGUCAUGCUUGGUCUAUAAGUGGAAUAAAACUCAGCAUCUCGGAACCAUUCACAUUCUGAAGCUGUACUGGAACAAUAAAAGAUACACUGAA